AAAUGCGCAUGUGCGAGAGUUUUGCAACUCUAGGGUUACCAUCUAGACGGGACCGGUUUGAAUCGGGAGCGAGCGGGAGUGUGAUACUCGACACAACUAGCACAGCGGGGUUUCGGUAACGGAGGUAUUUCUGCUGGUUGCCCUGAUGGCGACGGACAUUGUUGCGCAGUUGGCCGACUGUCUGGCCAAGACAGGAGUGGAGGAGGGAGAGUUGAGCUACAAGGGCCAAGGAAGAAAGCUGGACACUGCCCAGUCAGUGGAGGAGAUAGUGAAGGAGAUCCAGGACUUCCAGGGUUUACAAGCUUUGAGGUUGGAGGGGAACACAGUUGGAGUAGAGGCAGCACAGGCCAUUGCCAAGGCCCUGGAGACCAAGAAUGAGUUCAAGUGUUGUUACUGGAGCGACAUGUUUACAGGCCGUCUGCGCUCGGAGAUCCCCCCUGCCCUGAAUUCCCUGGGUGAUGCACUGCUGACCGCAGGUGCCAGGCUGACUGUUCUGGACCUCAGUGACAACGCCUUCGGGCCAGAUGGGGUCAAGGCCAUUGAGAAGCUGCUCAAGAGCAGUGCCUGCCACACACUGCAGGAACUUCGGCUCAACAACUGUGGCAUGGGCAUUGGAGGAGGAAAGAUCUUGGCUGCUUCAUUGAUAGAGUGCCACAAGAAGUCCAGUGCCGAGGGCGCCCCCCUCAGUCUAAAGCUGUUCAUUGCAGGCAGGAAUCGACUGGAGAAUGAUGGAGCCACAGCCCUCGCUCAGGCCUUCCAGUUGAUGGGCAGUCUGGAGGAGGUUCACAUGCCCCAGAAUGGCAUCAACCACGCAGGUGUGACGGCUCUGGCCACAGCCAUGCAGCACAAUGCAGACCUCCGUGUCCUCAACCUCAAUGACAACACCUUCACCAAGAAGGGAGCGAUCGCCAUGGCUCAGGCCCUGAAGCAUCUACGCAACAUCCAGGUGAUAAACUUCGGAGACUGUUUGGUACGGUCAGAGGGAGCCAUGGCUAUUGCAGAAACUGUAUCAGAUGGAUUACCAAUCCUCAAGGAGCUGAAUCUGUCGUUUGGGGAAAUUACAGAGGAAGCUGCAGUGGCAUUGGCACGGGCAGUAAAGGGCAAGGCCCAGCUGGAGAAAUUGGACCUCAAUGGUAACUCUUUGGGAGAGCAGGGUUGCCAAGCUGUUAAAGAUGUCAUGUCGGACAUGAACAUGGGAGACUUUCUAGGAUCCCUCAGUGAUGACGAGGGUGAGCCGGAGGAUGAUGAUGAGGAAGAGGAAGACGAUGAGGAAGAGGAUGAAGAUGAGGAGGAGGUGGAUGAGGAGGAAGUAGAGGAAGAGGAGGAGGAGGAUGAAGAGGAGGAGGAAGAAGAGGAAAGCACUGCAAACAAGGUGUCCACUCCCCCGUCCACCCCCCGGCCCCCAGACGUCUCCUCCUUCCUCAGCUUCCCCUCACCAGACAAGCUGCUCAAACUGGGAGCCAAGAGAGCCUUGCUCAUCGAACAGCAUGUUGAUGUGGCAGAUGCCAUGAAAACAGCUGAGGCCUUCCUCAAGAUCUCAUCUGUGUACAAGGAGGAGAACGAGGAUGUGAAGAAUGCAGUAUUGGACAGUAUUGAUGCAAUCCUAAAGAAAGCUUUUGCUGCUCCUUCCUUCCAAGGCUACAGCUUCGUAUCAUCUUUGUUAGUGCUACUCGGACUUAUCAAGAGUGAGGACAAGGUGAAGCCUGUGCUGGUGGUGCCUGGCCACCUGCAGGCCUUGGAGCACAUUGUUAGACAGGAUUACUUCCCCAAAGAGAGUGUGGCUGUGCUGGAGGCCUUCAUGUCCCGGUAAGGACGUGACUGAGUGAGAAAAGCAGCAGGCAGCUCCCAGAAACAAUAAGGCCUUGGACACAUGUGGUAACGCCAAAAACAGCCUCCAGUCCACACUGCAGAGAGUCAGGUCUGAGAGCUGAGGCCUGUGGAUGAACUCACACACACACACACACAGAUGGGACUGAACAUAACCAUUACGUUUAUCCUGCAUGACGCACCGUUAAAUAUUGAUGAGAUUUAAUAAGUGAACACAGCGGUCGUGCACAGGAAAAAAUGGACUACGAUCAGGCUCACCUCCCGUGCCACUUCAUCAACACGAUCCUGGACUUGUUUGAGGUGCAAUAUACCUUUACUGCGUGGACUAACUGAAAUGUUACAUUCACACUAAUUACCACAGCACAUCACCGACAACCUGGACUCUACCCUUUGCAGGUUUUAAUGAGUAGGACGCCUCAGUCCCUAAAUAAUAUAAGUCUGAGUGAUUGUUGGCCUUGUUUAGUGACUGACUGAGGCACAGAUUUGUUGUUGCAAAGUAGAGAAACCUCUUACAGUAGAGGCAGGAUUUGGUUUCUUUACUCUGUGAACUGCACUUACUCUCUCUAUCAGCUCUUAUUUUUUUUUUUUUUUUUAACUUACUGUCAAUAUUAUUCUCCACUGUUUUGUAGUAAAUGUUUAUAAAACUCAUAAAAAUAGUAAAACAAAAGAAAUGUUGCUAAAAUAUGUAACAUGGACUGAUGAGUAUUGUGGGGAAUGCGAAGUACAAUAUAACAAUCAAAAGGGAUAAAAUAAAUCUAAAUUGUUUUUCUGCCUUUAAUCGGGCAUUAGGUCCAAAGAGAUUUAUAUUUGCCUGGACAAAAUAAAGUAUACCUCAAUGUUCA